GUUAGUCUGGCACACUGGACGUGCUGCACCGACAGCGACGCUACCCACUCUGAGCAUGUCGUGUAGCACUUGGUGAAGCUCUGGGCUAUCUUAGUGAACGCCUAAUAUGUGAAGUAGGGAGAUCCAGGGAGGCGGGUGAGAUUGGUGUUUGCGAUCCCUUUGAAAUCACCCACGUGCUGUUCAGACUGUUAAUAUUUCUCGAAAAGCGAGUGCUACGACGGAUCCUGGACAAUGGACUUUCUCUCUCUAAGGAGACACACGGGGAGGACGCUAUUGGUUGGCCUGUCAGUGAUGGUUUGUCUCUUUUUAGUCAUCAACCAGUCAGACCUGACCACACCUGUCAGACCAGGCACUAGAGCAGACCUUCCACCUCUCUACCCCUCCAGGCGCAUCCAUGAUUACCAAAGUUUGUAUACAGCCCAGGAAGAAACGGCCGAGAGCGUACCCCUCAGCAGCCAUAAAUUCAUUCGGUUUCAUUUUGAUUCAGACGAGAAUGUAAGCCAUGGAGUGGAAGGAGAGGCGAGAGAGAAUGCAACACUGGAAGAGAAAGAAAAGCAAAACACAGGUCCAGAGGAAGACACAGGGUCAAGGAACUUGGCAAGCUCAUACUCCAGGGCGAACGUUGGUAUAAAUGAUCAUGCAGACCCUAGUGCAGGUCUAGCGAAAGAUGGAAGCCCUGAUGCGGGUUUAAUGAAGGCUGGAGGUCUUGGUGCAAAUAAAGUGAAAAAUACAGGCAAUGGAGUAGGUCUAUCGAAGGAUAGUAGCCUUGAUGUGGGUCAAGUGGAAAGCACAGGCCCUAGAGCAAGCACAUAUGAUGAGCCAGGAGCUGGUACAAGUCAAAACGAGACUAACCUUAAUCCUGGUGGUCAAGCGGAGAUUGUGCCAGGUCUACGGCAGCAGUUACUGACGGAAGCUGCGACAUCUUACACUGAAGAGAACUUGAUAGAAGUCAUUCUCACCAGGGAACGAGAACUUUUAACCCAGGCCAUGGAGGGCUACAAAUUCCAUCCUAAACUUAAGGCAAAGAAUAUGAAUGAUCUGGCGAUGGAGUCUGGAGGUCGUCCUGUGAGGAGCCUCGUCAUCACAACCUGGCGCUCUGGCUCAACAUUUAUUGGUGAUAUACUAGAGUCGCACCCAGCAAACUUCUAUCACUAUGAGCCACUUCUGGACUUCGGUAUCUCUCAGGUGCGGUAUGGGAAGGAUGCAAAACAAGCAAUCCACAAUUUGCAACAUCUUCUCACUUGCAACUACACUGACAUGGAGCAUUAUCUAGCCUUUGGGCCAGAUCAUCCGUGGUUGUUCUCCCACAACGAGCGGCUCUGGAAUUAUUGUUCGUCUUUCCCGGAGUUGUGCUGGCAGCCUGACUUUCUUGCACCUUUUUGCAGGCUCUUCCCAUUUCAGUCAGUGAAGACAGUGAGAUUGAGACUCAACCUCACUAAAGAGUUGCUUGAGGAUAAAAC